AUCGGGACAGAAAAGGAAACUUAGACUCUGGAAACAGCUGGCUCAUGAAUCCAGAGCGCUGCUGGGAGGUUUAAAGACCGUGGGACGUUCCUAAACUCUCACACUCUGACACACACACUCCGACGGGAUUUGGAUCAGGAGAGGAGACUGAGGUGAUCUGAAGUCUGAGGCUCGUUGGCAUCGACAGAACCACUGACAGUGAGCGCUGCUGGAGAGCUCAUUUAAACACCAAGACAUCAAGGUGUUAUUCAAAUCUGAGAGGAAGUGCACAAACAAUUUCCUGGAGACGACGGUGUGACAACAUGGCCAAGAAAAACAGCCAGAAGGAUACGUCGGGGGUGGUGUUCGACACUCGCUCCAGAAUGGCCAUGUCCCAGGGAGGAACGACUGACAGGAUGAAGGAGAAGAUCAGCGCAGUCCGUGCGGUCGUCCCUAACAAAAGUAACAAUGAGAUCGUUCUGGUGUUGCAGCAUUUUGAGAACUGUGUCGACAGAACCGUCCAAGCUUUCAUUGAAGGCAGGGCCACGGAGAUCCUGAAGGAGUGGAAUGUGACCGGCAAAAAGAAGCCCAAGAAGAAAAAGAAGCCGAAGCCGAAGCCCGAGGCGGUGGAGCCGGGUCAACCCGCGGCGCCGCCGGAGGAGGACGAGAAGAAGGAGGAGGAGCUUAACGGUUUCCACGGCAACGGCUCGGUGCUGGACGGGGAGUCUCUGGACUCUCUGAGCGAGCAGCUGGACUCCGCCUCUCUGGACGCAGCCGAGCUGGACUCUGAGCCCGCCGCGGCAGAAACACCCGGUGCAGAAGCAGAGAUAGUGUGCAGCGCUCCGCCCCCCCCCUCACAGCAGGGCGGCAGGAAUCUCCACCAGCCCCCCCGAGGAAACAAGAACCGGCACCGGACCGGAUCCGGCUCUCACCCCCCCGCCUCCUCCUUCCCCCCCCACAGCGAGGAGCAGGGGGCGGGAGUCAGGAAGAUGGCUCCGAACAUCGACCGCUCGGUGAAGGAUCUGCAGAGAUGCACCGCCUCGCUGACCCGCUACAGGGUGGUGGUGAAGGAGGAGAUGGACUCCUCCAUAAAGACCAUGAAGACCACGUUCGCUGAGCUCCAGAGCUGUUUGAUGGACAGAGAAGUGACUCUACUGGGAGAAAUGGACAAAGUGAAGGCAGAGGCCAUGAUGAUCCUGGGCGCCCGGCAGAAGAAGGCGGAGGAGCUGAGGAGGCUCACAGAUCAGUCGGCCUCCAUGUCAGAGGAGCAGCUGACCGAACUGCGUGCAGACAUCAAGCACUUUGUGAGUGAGCGUAAAUACGAUGAAGACCUCGGGAAAGCUCUCAGAUUUACGUUUGAUCUCGAGCCGCUGAAGGCGACCAUCACAGGGUUUGGAUCAGUUUACCAUCCCAACACAGGAUAUUCAAACCGCUCUCGCUGCAGCUCCACGUCGUCCGUCGCCAGCCCCCCCUUCGGAGAAACCCCCUCCUCCCAGACCACGAGCCCCCCCAACGACCACCGCCCCCCCCCCAACAAACAGAUUUUCCAGGGUAACCGGCGCACCUUCCAGGGUCAGGGUUAUUACUCGGGGGCUCAGCGGUAUAACGGCGCCUCGUAUCACGACAGGAACUUCGCCCGGGCGAACCACCGACAGCACCAGAGUGACGGGGGCCCCCCCGGCCCCUCGCAGCCCCCCCACAGAGGCCCCGCCCCCCCCUCCACCUCCUCCAAUGGGCUGCCUCAGAGGACUCCGCGGACCAUGACAUUAGAAGAAAAAGAAAAACGUGAAAAAGCUCAAUCAAAACCCAUCUACUAACCUGCCCGGUAACACACACCCCCCCCCCCCCCCCACACACCACCAUUAACCCCCUACCCUUUACUAACUCCUUUCAAUGAAGAAUAGAAACAAGUUUACAUUAUUCCGUCAGCUGUAGAGACGCCUGUUCAUUCAUCCAUUCAUCCUCCAGACUUGAAGCUUCCUCCGCGCCCUCGUUCGGUCAGGGCACUGUGAGGGAAAUUAAACACCGUAAUAUUUCUAAUAUCGUCCCUUAUAAUUGUGAGGCUAUUGUAGGGUUGCUUUGACUCAAUAUUUACGUAAUUUAGAUGAAUACUCAUCAGUAAUGUAUUGACUGAAUUGGUAAAGGGAAAUGAGAAAACAUUUAUUCAUCAGUUACAGUCCUCGUUUUGAGUCAAUCAGAUCAGAGCUAGUUGCGUCUAUUUCUUUAUGCUAAGCUAAGCUAGCUUCUUACAGACUCUGCGUCUCCUUCCACGCGCUUCGUCUCUGUUCCUCUGCACAUAUUUAAAUCAUGCUUGCCUUUUUGUCACGGAGAGAAUCACGUUUGCCUUUUCCCUCCAGACGUCUGCAUCAUGACGGUACUUUAGACUAAUAUACCCCCCCCCCCCCCCCCCCCCUCCUCUUUUAUAAUCCCAUAUGUGAAUGAAUCAAACUCAGAAUCAUGCCGUGAGUUUGAGGAACAGGAAGCUGCCUCUCGUCUGAAGGACUCUCUCCUCUCUUGUACAUGCAGGCUGUUUACAUGAUGAUACUGUCGUCUUCCAUCCCCCUCCUCUUCUUUAGUUCCCCUGACCGAAGGGAGAGUUUUGUUCUCAUUUGAGAUUUAAAGAGUUAUUAUUUGUAGUUAAUUGUGUGGAGAGAAGAGUUUGUUGGCACGUUAAAAUGUGCUUAAAGUCGAGGAAUAGUUCGACAUUUUGAGGAUUUUUCAUGCAAUUUUGAACGCAUGAAUCUCGUCUUCGUUGCAGAAAUGUAACGACUUUUUUUGUUUCCUUUUUCCAAUGAUAUUUUCCCAAUUACAUCUAGAAAACUUAGUAAAAAUAUGGGUCCUUUCUGUCUCAUCGAAUGGGUUUCAAUUUCAUUUUGAAGCAGAGAAACCCUCUCUUACUCAAAGGGCUAUCAGCGAGCGCCGACGUCAAUCAACUCCAUUUCCAUAAGUGACGAAACAUAUUUGAAUCAGCCCCAAAAUGUAAUCACUUCUCCCUUAGUUCAUGCUUAAGCUUUGAUUUCAAUUUCAUGAGAAUCGGACUUACAUUUUUUCCGUAAUCCUCCUGUGAGUGGCGCAACAAACGAAAACAUCCCCAUCUCUCCGUUAGAGACUCCAGCUCAGAAAGAGACAAAUGUCUUUCCUAAAAAUGUCAAACUAUUCCUUUAAACCCUUUCCAUGGUGGCGAUGUCGAGUCUGCAGUUUGAUAAACACAU